GUCUGUUGAGUCCUGGUCUUCCAUGAGGCCAAAACAACCAAGUGAAAAAUUCAGCCAGAUUGGCUUCUGGGUGCACUGAAAGUCUCUCCUGCUAUCUCCCUUCCCCCUCUCUGUUCCCUCCCCCAGCCCCCACCCAAGUAGUUUCACUGAUUAACCCUUGGGCAAACAUUUCAGGCCAAAUGAUUUGUGUGUAUAUAUUGGUGGGGCCACCUGAGCCACUGGCUAAAUAAAUUGGCCCCACUGAGCCCUGAGGGGCUGAGACCUUGAGCCACCUCCUUUCCCUCCCCAGCCCUCACUCUCUCCCGCUCUUUCUCUCUCCUGUUGCUCUCUCACUCUCAUGCACUCUCUCACUCACUCUCUCCUGCUCUUUCUCCUGUUCUCUGGCUCUUGCUUGCUCUCUUGCUCUCUCUCUUGCUCUCUUGCUCUCUCUGUCACUCUCUUUCUCACACACUCUCUCUCUUGCUCUUUUUCACUGUCUCACUUGCUCACUCUCUCUCUCACUUGCUCUCUCUGUCUCUGUCUGUCUCUCUCUUUCACUGUCACUCUCUUGCUCUCAUUUCUCUGUGUCUGGUCAUUUUCCUGCCAUUGCCCGGCUCCAUUUGUUCCUGUGCCAUGUUCAUUGAAUGAAACCAUCCCCUUUCGCACCCAUUCAGGUCUAUUAUUCAUUCAAGCCAUCCACACCAUCCAGUUUGUAUGACUAAUUGUUCUAUUUUGAGCUGCCCUGAAAUCUGAUGGCUUCUCUACAUGCUUUUAGCCCUGCUCCUGUUUUCUGGGGCCUAGUGCCCCGUGACUGGCUCUUGCAUUUCUAUGUGAGCUUGCUUGGCUUCCCCUCAGCUGCCAAGGCUCAGAGGGCAGGGGGCUGCCCAGCGUGUGCCGGCCUUUCUGGGGUGGGCCCUCUGGGAGAACAAAACUGGCUCCCCCAGUCCUCUGAACUGCCGGUCAUCCAUCUCCUCCAUGCUGACAGCCAGCAGGCUUUGCAUGGUCCUUUGCUUCCUGAACAUUUUCUAUGCUGGUUUCCAGUGAGGAUGGGCGGCCUCCAUAUUGGAUGGGCCAGGGCCUGAGAGAAGGCACACUCACCUUUCUUCUGCCUAGAGAUUGUCUGGCCACCCAACCAAUGCGUGGACACAUUUACUCAUAGUGGGCCUGUACCCAGUGGGGAGAACCCCAACUGGAGGGCAGCAUCUGGCUCCAUGGGCACCCAUUUAGAGGCUGAGACAGCUGCGAAGCACCCUGGCAUUGGAGGAGAAGCAGGGGCUUUUUGGAGGCCAUAGCCCUGCAUAGGGAGGGACCUGGCACUGUCCUUUAUCACCUGUGUCUCUGGGCCUCAGUUUCUCCUUUCUUGAACAUUGGAAGGAGAUGUGACUCUUGUGCACUGAGUUCUUCCUUGUUCUAAGCUCAUACCUCCCGAAUGUCCCUGCCCUCUCCCUGCUCCUAUUUGGAGGUCUCCGGGGUUCUGAGAUCCGUUUGCUGCCCCCUUCUGAUUCCACACACAGAGAACACUUGAGUCUGAGUCCUGUGCAGUAGCUCCUGCAGGGGUUAGUGUUCUCCUUUCCUCUCCAGGAGGCAGAUGCUGAGAUGAGAUCUAGGGAGACUUGCCCAGAGGCCCAGAUCGCCUGGCUCCCAGUGCCCACACCACCUAGCCUUGUCUCUGCUCCUCUGGCUCUUGGCAUUUCCCUACAGCACCGGUCUUGAUCUCAUCAAGGUCUGGUGGGGCAGAAUGGUCUGAGAGGCAGGCAAGGGGUUUGGGGAGCAUGAGGCCUUCAUCCACUGGAAAGACAAAGAGCUGGGUUGAAGUCCUAGAGUUGGGUGAGUCUCAGUUUCCUUAUCUCUAGAAUGGGAAGAAUCCUACCUGCGGGCCCUUGGGAGUGCUGGGGAAGUGUGGCUCGGCAUGAUAAGGAUUCUUAAUAGAAACUCCUCCAAAGUCUCCUCAGGCCAGAGAUCACCUCUUGUUCCAGACAGAGCCUGUCUUCUUCUGACAAAUGCUCCAGCCUCCACAGCUAGCAGCAAAUCCCAGGGGGGAGGUUCUUCUCCAAUUCCUUCAGCUUCGGGCUCCUCCUCUGGUGUCUGCAAUCCCAGCCUUGACUAAAGAAUCCUCAUGGCAUGGCAUGGCAGGGGCCUCGGCCACUUCCCCUGGCCGUGGAGGCUCUCUUUGGCAUGAAUUGCCAACCAGUUCUCCUAACUAGGGUUCCAGUGCAGGGUCAGAAGGCAGCAUACAUCAGCCAACAAGCAGUGUCACCCCCUUGCCAGGCAGAGGAGGGAAAACUGACCAAAGGACUGGACAAAGUAGUCCAGGACGAGCUUGAUUUCAUUCCAUUCCUGGCAAACCCUCAAACGUUCUUUUAGGGGUGACUCGUGAGCAUUUCCAGAUCGAGGGCUUGUUUCAGAGACAGCCCAUGCCAGAAUGAUGUCCCUGCCCAUUCCAUCCGAAUGGGUACAUCAGGGAAACGUCAGUGGGCCACCUAGGCUUCAGCAAGGUACUUGAGAAAGUCUCUGAGGUUGUCCUCAUGGACCAGAUUGAGAGAGAGAUGGGACUCGGGCAGGGUCAGCCCCAAGGAGUGCUAAUUAAUGGGCCAAUGCUAACUGGGAUUUCAGACCCUAGGAGCCUGCCUUUGCCUCUGCCUCUCUUCCUUUUUUGCCAGUGACUUGGGGAAGGCAUAGCUGGCACACAUAUCAAAUUAAAUGGGGAAACCAGGCUAGGAGGGUGAACAAACCCAUCGACUGAAGGACAGAUUCCAAAAGGCCCCACUAGUCUAGACCACUUGGUGGAGCCUACCAAGAUACAAGUCAAAUGGGAUAAAGGAAAAUCCCGUAACUGAGUUCUAAGAAAUGAACUGACUAAAGCACAGAAUGGACCAUUUGGGACUAGACAACAGUUCCUUUAGGAAAGACCUGGGGGGGUAGGAAGACUCUAAACACAAUAGGAGCCAGCAGCAUGACCAAAAGCAGACUGUCUGCUGUCCUUCCUCCUGAUGAGGCUGGCCUAGAAUAUGGGGUUCACUUCUGGGUCCCACAUUUCAGGAAGGAGAUUGCCAAGUUGUCUGAGGUUGAACAACCUCCUGGGGGAGGGGGAGACCAGGGGCCAAACCAUAUAAAGAUUCACUGAAAGAACUAAGGAGAAGAGAAGACUCAGGGAGACCCCAAAGCCACGUUCAAGUAUUUGAAGGACAGUUAUGAAAAGGAAGACUGGUUCUCUUUGGCCCAAGGAGCAAUGGGGUAAAGUUUGCAGAGAGGUGGAUGCAUUCCCAAUACAAGGAGGGAUUUCCUAACAAUUAAGGGUAGAACAAUCUAACUUCUUUUGUAGUGAGAAUUUGGAAGCAGAGGCUGGAGGACCACCUGCUGAGAGAGGAGGGCCUUGUGCCAAGGAGUAGAUGAACUAGAGUGCCACCCUCACUCAACUCCAAAGAAUCCAAGAGCCAAGACAACAUGGAUGCCCCAAUAACAGAUGAUUUUCCUCAGACGCUGCCCAUCGAGCAACUCUGCUCCAUUCACGUCAGCAAUGAAUAUGUGGAGCGACCUGCCAUCUCCUGCCACCAGACCCUCUCCAGCUCUUCCCUCGCCCAGCAGGCUCACAAGUCCGAUUGGUCCCUGUCCACCAUUCCCUCAGAUUUGCCUCGAAGCCUCAGCCAGUGCCACCAGCUCCAGCUGUUGCCACAGCAUCUGAGCCAACCCAGCCUUGCCAGUUCCAUCUCCCACACCACCAUCACCUCCGACCAAAGGCUUCUGACCAGCAUCACUCCAUCCCCCUCAGAUCACUCCCUCAUCUGUACCCAGCCUCAAGCAGGAGCUUUGAAGGUGGAGGAGUCUCAGAAAAGUGCAGCCGAGAAGCUGUCCCUCCACACUGGUGGGCACCUCUUCAUCUGCGAAGAGUGUGGUCGUUGCAAGUGCAUCCGCUGCACGGCCACACGCACCCUGCCCUCCUGCUGGCUCUGCAAGCAGCGUUGCCUCUGUUCUCCGGAGAGCCUCCUCGACUACAGCACAUGCCUCUGCUGUGUGAAGGGCAUUUUCUACCAUUGCUCCACUGAUGAUGAAGACAACUGUGCUGACGAGCCCUGCUCCUGUGGGCCUGGUUCCUGCUGUGCCCGCUGGGCAGCCAUGAGUCUCCUGUCGCUGUUCAUGCCUUGCUUGUGCUUGUAUCCUCCAGCCCGAGGAUGCCUCAAGUUGUGCCAGCAAGGCUACGAUGGCCUCCGGAGGCCAGGCUGCCGAUGCAAGAGUCACACCAACACCGUCUGCAGAAAGAUCUCCUCUUCCAGUGGGGCUGCCUUCCCCAGGUCCAUGGAGAAGCCCGUGUAAAUGCCUUGCAGCCUCCCCCCAGCCCCUUCUCUCCCCCUCCCCUUCCCUUCACUCUGUAGGAAGGAAGGGUGGGGGGUCAGAGAAACAAACCAGCCAGGACUCCAGGGCUCGCCCCCAUCAAUCCUGCCAUGCCAUGGGGCUGGCCAAGUGCAUCUUGAGUCCUAGGCAGCUUGUACUUCCCUCAUUGGCUCUCUGCACCCCCCCCCCACUCCUCCCUUAGCCUUCCCGCCCCUCCACUUACCUCUCAGCUUUUCCUGCCCCAAAGCAAAAAAUAAAUGAAAAAUUAGAUGAUCCAAAGACAUGGGAUUUGCACAUUGAAGACAAAUUGAGCCAGCUUCUGGCCAUCUGCCCAUGGCCUCCUCAGUGCUGUGUGGCAAACAGGAGGCUCCCCGACAUGGUUUCCUUCCACACCAGAUUCAUUUCCCCAGUGCCUUCGGGGGCUUUCUCCUGAGAUGGUUUUCAAAGAGUGACAUGAGGCCACACAGCAAGCAUCCAGGGAGUACCUAAUCUAAUUGUUCUUUCUUCUCCCCCCCCCCUUUUCUUUCUCUUGGUCAUCUACUUGUCACUAUCGUUCUCAGAUUACUCCUUCAUCCCUUCCUUGCUCUCUCAUCCUCUCCCUUCUCCCUUCCUCCUCCAUCAUCUCCUCUCUGCUCUCUCAUCCCUUUCCCUCAUCUCAUACCCUCUCUCAUCCUUCAUCCUUCCACACCCAUUUCUACUCUCUCUCAUCCCUUUCCUGCUCUUUCACCCCCCCAUUCUUUCUUCCCUUAUCCCAUAUCCUCUCUCACCUCCUCUGUUCCCUUGUCCCCACCUCAUUCUUCAUCUCUUCCAUUUCCCUAAUCCCUUCAUCCCUCAUCCCUUAACUUUUCCUUUAUCACUUCACUCUCCCUCAUCCUCAUCCCUCAUCCCCUUCUCGUGCCACAUUUCCUUCUCCAUCCUUCAUCCCCAUUCAGUUGCCUUAUCCCUCAUCCCCUCCCUGAUCCCUCAUCUCUUCUCUCUCAUUGGCUUUUCCAUCCCCUUCCCUGUCCCACAUCAACUCUGCCAUCCCAAUGCCCUCACCCGUCCUCCUCCCCCACCUUCUCAUCUGGUCCCCUCACUGCUCCCUCCCCCACCUCUUCCCCAUGCCUCUGUCCCUACCUGACUCUUUCCCUAACACCUUCAGGAGUGGGGUUUCCCAAAUACCUCCCCUCUGCUUUCUUCCCCCUGCCGUGCUAUUUCCCAGUCUUACAAAAAUGGAUUCAUGUGAUAUAUUAAUAUUUAUGUGAUAUAUUAACCAAUAAGCCUGCCUGAAACCAAGAUGUGUGAGUGUGUGUGUGUGUCUAUGCACUCCACCACCACACUCACACAUCUCAAGGCAUAUGGGAUUAGGAUCAAGUCCUCCAGGCUCAGUCAGCUGGAGUCUUAUCCUUUUCCUCUCAAACUGGAUGGCCUUGGGCAAUAAAAGGGCGGAACAUAUAGCCCUUCCUUAGAUAUCAAUAGCCCUCAGACUGCAUGAUUCAAGUUCUGUGGAUAGAAUGAUAAGAUCACAGAACUUAGGGCUGGAAAGGACUUGAAAGAUCUUGCAACCCAUUUGACAGAUGAGGAAACCGAGUCCCAGAAAAGGGACAUAGUGUGCCCAAGGCCAAAUGGGACAAUUGUGAUACAACUGGGAUGAGGACAUGGGUCUCCGUUCUCCCAGACUGGUGCUCUUUCCCUGCACCACAUCAGAUAUCUUCUCACCUGGCCCCCCAUUAGCAGGGCCACAAUCUAGCCCCUUCUUAGCUAUUGUUCAGGAACCAGGGAGAAGUGAAGCAGUGGUCACCAUCCGAUGUCAGCCCACUACUUCCCCAUUUGUGAUGGUUAAGGCUCACUCGUGGACAGCCCUAUUGAUGGGGCCAGCGUUGCAGCUCCCUGGUACAGUGACUUAGGAGGAACUGGCAUCACUACUUGCUCUUCUCACUGACCAAGAGUGGCCUGCUGGAAGACCGAAAACAAAGACCCAAAAGGAGACGUCACCGUGUCAUCUCUCCUAUGGUUCCUCAGACUGACUUUGCUCUUCCUUGUCCCUCACAGCCUCAGUGGAGGCAUUGGCCAAAGCACCAGGUAGCUUGGACCCGAUUUCUAAGGGAAAUGAAGUUGCAGAUUCCGAAGUCCAAGGCCCCAGGUGUGUGACCCACCAUGUAUGUACCUCCCUCUUUCCUAAACUGACCUCAGAGCACCCAAGCUAAACUUCCUUGCUUGUGUGUGUGUGUGUGUGUGUGAGAGAGAGAGAGAGAGAGACUGCCUCUCUGUUCUCCAAUUGGUCAAGGUCACACACUGCAGAAGAGCUGCAGGGACAAGCUCCCCAAGGGCUGCUCUGAGGAGAAAUUCUCCGAUGCAGAGUGGCAGUAGCUCUCCCCUCCUGGUGGGCCUGAAGUUCACCCAAGGAUUCCAAGGAGGUGGAGGUUGCCCCCUUCAAAGAGAGGAGCUCCAGCCUCGUUUCCUGCUCACCCAUGCUCCAAAGUGGGCGAGCAGGUAUGUGUUUCGGUUGGGAGGGGCAUUCUGGGAGUUCCCCAAGAAGAAGAGGAGGGGAAAAUGCAUGCAUCCUGCAUGAAUGCCAAAGGUGGGAGAUGGCCCAAGGGCACGAGAGUGGUCACUCUCGAAUCUCCUGCACCAGACAGACUGGCAUGUACUGCCCGGCAGCCCUGCCCAACUGGCUCGCUCCUCUCUGUGGAGAAUUGCUUUGAUCUAUUUUUGUACAUAGAAACCUAACGGUCUGAUGGUUAGAAUGAUUGCUUUCCUAAUAUUCAUGAUAUUACUGUGAAUGGUGCCAUAUGCAAAGGUUUGCCUUCUUGGUACAGAUAUGAACCCCAACAAGUAUCUAGAACCUUCUCUGUUGCUUUGGAACACCCCCCCCCUUUGUAAGCCACUUCUUCUGCUCCUGACCAUGCUUCAGAUUGCUUGUCCACUAAAGGCUGUGACCAGCUCUCUGGGCCCCCCAGUGUGCCUAGAGCUGAGCUAUAUCAAGAUUUGCUGACCCUAGUGCAUUGUGCCUAAAGCUAAAGCUGUUCUAUGGGUGUCUGCUUCUUGCUCCCAUAUCCCGUGCUGACAGUAAGUAGCCUUUCCCCUUCGCCCCCUUUGACAUCCAUGGGUCCUUAUCCUGUAGUCUCCAUUAAGGCUGAUUGCCCCCAGUCACCAGCAAUGGGUCCCCCCACCUCUAUCAUAUGGCUGCCCAAGGGGCUUUCCGCUCAGUGGGCUUUGGAAUGGCCCACCAGCUGCCUCCAGGAAGCUGAGAGGUUCCCAGAAUCCACUCUGCUCCUAAAGCAGAGCUUUUGCUUCCUUCCAAGUUGACUGAACUUGGGCAGCAUCAGGUUCACUUGAGAUAGGUUUAGUGGGGAUUCUUGUGUGUAUCCUUCCCAUCAUGUACAGACAUGUACCCAUAUACAUAUAUGUAGAGAUGCGUGUGUAUGUGUAUACACACAUGUGUAUUUAAAAUAUAGACGACAAAGCCCUAAGCCCUUCAGAGAAGCUUGGUUUCCCUGAUGUUUCUACUUUGUGUCAUGUAUAGCCUAAAGAGCACCCUUUAACAACCAGUACUCCUCCAUCCUAUAUCUCUGUAUAUAGCUAUAUCUAGCGAUGUAUAUUCUGUGUGUGUACACAUAUAUGCAAUUAGGCCGUUUUUCACCUCUUAACCUACUUGCUUUCUACAUGUUAGUCCCAUGAUAUGGUACAUGUCGUUUGUGCUAAGGGUUUUCCUCAGGUUCCCCACACUACCAUAGCUUUAGGACAAGCCCUGGUAUGAUGAGAAACCCAAGUGAGUAACUCUCCCUUCUGCCAAUUCGAAUUCCUCCUCACCCAAGACCACCAGGGAAAAGAGGACGUAUUCAACUCAUUUGGGCAGAGACCAACUGGCUCACCUGGAACUGAGUCCCAACUUGCAGCCCAUCUUCCACGAUUCUCCUAGCGUUCUUCUGAGAUGUUAGCAUUAGCAGCCAGUGCCACCCCCAUCCCCUCCCAAAGCAUAUCUGCAAUUGGCAAUGUGUCUUCAUGGCAUGGGAAGAUCUUCACAGUGUCGAGGAUGGUUCCUGUAUUCCUUGGGAUGACUUGGUGCACUUGAUUCGAUUCCAGAACCCUGGGAUAGAAAGGUGGCAUCUCGGUAGAAGGUCAGAAUGCCCCGCUCCCAUUCCAGUGAUCUGGGAUGCCGUAGGCCAGUGGGAAAGGAGUGAUAACAGUGAGGACAGAGAAGGAGUGAGGCUUCUGCUUCUGGCACCAAGGUUCAGGAGUGCCCCAUCAUGGACCCAGGGGCUAGUUAAUCUGGUCAAGCACUCCAGUACAGAUGCUGCCGGGCUUAGCAAGCACGAUCCCCCCCCAGAGCGCCCCAGCACCCUCUUGUUUUUGUUCCUCCUAACUCAUGUCUAACCUUUUCUUAGCUCCAACAGGAUAUCCCUUUGUCCCUAAGCCAUGGCUGUCCCUGAGGAAAGGUCUUAGGUGAAGGCUGAAGUUCUGAGUCCAGACCAAUAUAGGGACCCAGCCGCUCAUUGGCAGAGCUGAAUGGCAGCAUCAUCAGCUGAGCUUAGACUGAGUUCAGAGCCCAAACAAGGAGAGAGAAAGCCUGCAAGGCCUGGGAGAGGGCUCAAGCCUGCAGAUCCAGUAUGAGCUGUCCCUUCAGUCCCUCAGGAAGCUGUCUUUAGACUUGUCGGUGGAGUUGGGUGCAGGUAGUAUGGAGAAUGGAAAAUGUGAAGCACUGGUUUGCAAGUAUGCCCAAUACCUUGAGCUUGUGCGAUGCCAAGCUUUCCUUUAUUCAAUGCCUUUCAUUGUAGAGCAGAGUGGCCAACAGAUGUAGAGAGUCCAGACUACCCACGGAGGGCCUCGGAUGAGAAUCCGAAUUGAAAGGUCCUUUAGCAGUCCAAGUCCCUCGAAGGUCCUGGGUGGGUGGGUGGGUGGAGGACUUGCCUAAUUUCCCACAAUUUCAAUCAAUAAUGAUUCCUCAAGACCCCCUAUGUGCCCAGCACUGUAUAACAACACCUCUCAAUCUAGACUGUGCUAUCACUGUACUACUCUCUUUCCUGCUUUGUGCAGGAAAGAAUUUGGUGACUCUGAUUAACUGGUGCUAAACAUACAAAUGAAAAUGAAUUUGUUCUUGCAAUCCAAGGACUAACCAAGUCUGAAAAGACCAUUCUUCAGAGGAAACAAAAACAGUUCUUACUUUGGCUAGCUUUUAGAAAAGUGUGUCUGCAUGCACACACACACACACACACACACACACACACACGCACGCACGCACGCACACACACACACACACGCAUACACUCAUGCUUUUAGGCUAUGUCCACAUGCAAUCAAAACAACUGGUCAGUGGAGCCAAGCCAGUGAUCAAAUAGUCAAUGCAAUUUGGACAUUGUGAGGACCCACCAACUCGUCGAUUACCUUGAAUUUUCCCAUUUCAUCCCGUGGUUGUGGCAUCUUUCCAUUCCUACCUUCAUCCAGUAAGAACUUGGUGUAUUUGUGACUUAAUCCUGAGGAGGCCCUUGAGUUUCGUGCCAGCAUUAAGUUAAAGAAUCUUGGUAAAGCCUCCAAAUGUCAAUGAUUUGGAUGGAUUGUCCAAAGGAUGUCAACUAUUUAGAUGAUUGGCAGAUUUUCUUCAUUCUUUGUCCAGAGGGGUUGUCACAUGAAUGGGACCAUUGAGGCCCUGGGCAAAUUUUAAACCAAGGUUCCCAUUUUUGUCGGCCUUGGUAGGAAUAGAGAAUAAUGAGUAAUCCUAAAAUCUACUCUAGCUGAAGAAUGAAGCUCAACGCAAGGUAUCCUCAUAGAAUUUCCAUGGGUCAAACAUUCCACAUAGACUUUUGUUCCUUUCUGAUUCCUUUUGAGGCCAGUAAGUUUACAUUUGGGGACAGAUUCCCUCUAGAGCAGUCAGAAAAACAGCCUAUGCUGAUGCUGAGAUUGCUGUAUAGCAACUUCUUUUAUUAGAGAAAUAGAAUUGGAUUGGGAGUCAUAGGCCCUAAGUUCCAGACCCAGCUCUGCUCCCAAAUGGCUAUGUGACCAUGAGUACAUCAUUUAACAUCUUUGGACCUCAUCUGAUCUGUAAACUGAGGACAUUAAUGUUUGUCCUUCCUCACAGGGCUGUUAGGAGAUGAGGAUCAACUGAGAUAGUGGAUGGAAUGGAAAAGUGCUUUGAAAAAUGUAAAGAAAUAGGAAGUAUCUUCUGGGUUUUGAAGUCAGUUCAUGUAAAGUCCAUGGAUGACAAAAAUGGAAGAGACCUUCAAGGUCAUCUCAUUCAUACCCUGACAUGUUACCGAUGAAGAAACUGAGACCCAUAAAGGUUAAAUGAUUUCUUAAGGUUCAUCCAGGAAGUAAGUGGUAGAGAUAGGUUCACUUUCCAAAUCCAGUGCCUGCUCAUUUCAAAGUCAUUCAAAUAUGACUCCCAAGUAUCUGAACAAUAAGAGAAAACCGGUCAUUCCCUAGAAUAUCAUUGGACAUUUUAAAGAUCAGCAUGAACCCCAACCGUCCAUACAGAUUGAACUCUGGAGGGGAUUUGGCUAUAGUGAUACUCAAAGAGGAUGAAGUUUGGAACUUGGUCUGACUCUCCCAGGACUCCAUGGGUCCUGAACCAAGAGCAGUCAUUGCCCCAGGUUGAGACUCCGGCCAUGGAGCCUAAAAUGAAUGUUCAUUCGUAGACACAAGCCCCACUCAUUGACUAGAAAGAAAAUCAUCUUUGGGAUUCACGUAGCUGGAUGGGAUUCAGCACUGCCCAGAUCCUCAAGUUGUCCCUAAACUAUAGAGAACUGAGAAAUGUUUGGAAAACCAGACAAUGUGUUCUGCAAUUUCAUUCUUCUUCCUUUUAGGACUUCUAGAUUUCCUCUGAUGGCCUGGUCUCUCCCUCCCCUACCCCACCCCCUCAGACAUUCAGAAGGUUGACAUUGUUUCUUUGGUUACAAAUGGCAUUCUAAAAAACGUAUCCAAUGGUAUUCAAUUCUCGGUCUUGUUUUAAGGUAUGAUAUGUAUGUAUUUGUAGUCUAUCACUCAUUUUGUCAAUCAAUGCUCUUUACCAUUCAUGUGCAUUUAUUUUCAAAAUUCAUUGUAAAGGAAAAAACCCUUUAUUUUCCAAAGCACCAUUUUGUGCAACUCUUUGCAAUGCUGAAAAUAAACCAUGUCUGAACUAAAUAAUCCUAUAGGUGGUGUGACAAGACACUAACAACAACUAUUCAAAUAAAGUUAUAUAUAUAUAUAUAUGCAUAAUAUACAUAUGCAUACUAUAUGUAUAUCUAUACCACCACAA